AAACUGUAACAAAGAAUCGUUAGGCUAUAUAUAAGCAUCAUCGAAGAUCAUCUUCUCAGUUCGCUUAGACUCUUCAGUAUAACAUACACAUAUACAACAAUAUGGAUCACUUUCAGUUCACGAGCCUAAUUUUGGCGGUGUCAUUUAUUAGUGUUAGUGUAUCGGGAGGACUUCUUCCAGACGGUGGAACUGGUGGAUAUCAAUAUAAUCGACCAAAUGUAGGUUUUGGUGGUGAUAAUAGAUUUGGAGUAUUUGGUGGUAAUAAUGGUGCAUUUGGAGGAAGACCCACGUCAACGUAUGGAGUACCUGGAUUUAAUAAUGGAUUUAAUGGACCAAUAGCAGGUGGAUUUGGUGGAAGACCCUCUGGAUAUUAUGGAACACCUGGUUAUAAUUCAGGACUCAAUGGUGGUUAUCAGGGAGUUGGUGCCUAUCAAGGUGGCUAUUCUAACGAUGGUAGCUAUCAAGGAUACAACGGUGACAAUGGCAGACCACAGCCGUACAGUUUCCAAUAUGAGGUACGUGAUCCACCUAGUGGCAACGACUAUGGCCAACAAGAGAGUAGCGAUGGAAAUGUCGUUCGAGGCGAAUACCGGGUUUUGCUGCCCGAUUCGAGAACUCAAAUCGUAAAAUACACUGCUUCCGAUGUAAACGGUUACAACGCAGAUGUUCAAUAUGAGGGUCAAGCCCAGUUUCCAAGGGUUGGAGGUGGCAUUGGCGGUGGUAGUACAACGGGCUCAUUCCCAAUUGGUGGUACCGGGUAUCAAGGAGGAUUUGGCGGUGGAUACCAGGGUGGGAGGGGUGGAUUUGGAGGACCUGCAGGUGGAUUCGGAGGCGGAAUCUUUGGAAAUGGGCCGAGCAAUCAAUAUUUACCCCCUGACAAUGGAUAUGGAAAAUAAUCGCAUAAGGCGACAAUUUAUUUAUUUAUUUGCAAAUUUUUUUUUUUUAAUUUUUUUGAAUAAUAAUCAACAUAUAGAUUUUAUUUUCAAAUCAUUCAUCCUUUUUAAAAAACAUUUUUAUCUCAUACAUUCAUCUUUCGUUCAAAAAAAAAAAAAAAUCACGAUUUUUUUUUCUUAAUAUUUUUUUUUUUUCAUUUAAUUUAAUAUUUAGAGUUAAAAAAAAAAUGUAAUUAUAUACAAAAUAUACGCUUGAGUAAGUUAAUUAAUAAUGUGAAGAUAAAUUAUCGUUUAUAUAUAUUAUAUGUAUAUUUAUGUAUUUUAGUCGAUAAAAAAAAAUAAAUAAAUGCAUUAGUUCUGAAA